CCCCAGUACGUGCCUGCCUUAUCUGGGUAGGUAGCCUCACAACUGACCGAUCGCAUUAUCAUAGGCCCCCGUUUUCAUUCCUUUCCCUCGGCACCCCCUUCACGUAACUCACUUGCUCCAAUCCUUGUUGCGCUGCAUGUUAACAACUGUUACUAUUCCUUUGGAUCGUCAAUGUGAACAUCAGCAUCAAUCAACAUUACUCUUAAACCUUAAUAUCGAUACUUGGGUCACACGACCUGCUACAAGGUAACGAACUGCGCGUGCAUCUGUGGUCCACAUACCUACAUACCCAACGCUAUCUUGUCACGUUCAUUCAUACCCACCACUUUCCAACAUAACUUCACUCGUCUUAGUAGAGUUCCCCGUUUUAUUUUGGGACUGCUUCUUUAACAUUAGACAAAAGGGUUGAGCUUCCGUGCUCCAACACUACACCCGCCCUUACCGGCCCUUGCCGACCUGAAGCCCUAAAUCGUGAACUCCCCGAGCGAUCCGUUGCCAAGCGCCCCAGCCAUGGGAUUAUGAAUACAACCCGGCGUUCCACUGUCCACAAGUUCUAGCUCCUACGAAGUAGUCUAGCCUCACCUCUCCUCCAAUUCCCUCUCCAAACCUUGUCCUACGACAUAGCAAGCGAGCAUGCCCGAAAAACCCCUUACCAUCGCUACCUAUGCCGCCGGCGCGUCACUAGCAGCCAUAACCCUCGUCUAUGUCUUUGCGCCUACCUACCUCAUUGACAGCGAUUCAAACUCGGCUAGGAAAAAGGGCGUCGUUGGCUUGGUGAACCCAGCCAACGACUGCUUUAUCAACUCCGUUCUCCAGGUCCUUGCUGGGUUAACUGACCUGCGCGUCUAUCUUAUAAGAGAGGUCCACCGCAGGAAUAUAGAUGAACCCUGGGUCUAUGAGGAGGUAGUUGAGGACCCCGCCCGCCUGAACAAUCCGGAAUGGAAGAACCAAAGUCUUCAGUCAGGUAUUGUCACCAAGGGCCUUAAGGACAUGCUCGAUGCUCUCAAUGAACGACCCAUCUACCGAAAGACAAUAUCAGCGCUGAGUUUUGUCAAAGUACUUGAGACGGCAUUCCGCCAGAGGAUUAGCAGACAACAGCAAGAUGCACAAGAGUUCCUGCAGAUUGUAGCUGAAAGAUUAUGUGAUGAGUACCACGCUGGGCGCAGAGCACGAGAAGCAGCUAAGGGAAGAGGCGCGCCAAUCAGAUCUUCAUCAAGUAGCCCUUCGUCGCCUGUAGAUGGCAAUGCAAUUCAAGAGCGCCUGGCAGGCCUUGGGCUUGGAGCGGAUGGGGGGGACAAUCGAACACCACCAAGAAGUGUUCCAGGUAUCCAAACUGGGCCAACCACGAACGACAUUAGCGAAGAAGAAGGGUUUCCAAUGGAGGGUGCCUAUGAGAGCCAGAUUGAGUGCCAAGUUUGUGGGUUCAAGACAAAGCCAGUUCAAAGCACAUUCUGCACUUUAACAUUGAGCGUGCCUCAAUCGAAAUCCAGCUCUCUUAAUAAUUGCCUCGACGGCUUUUUCAAGAGAGAGUUUGUAGACGAUUACAGGUGUGAACGAUGUAGGCUUGUGCAUGCAAAGAAGCUGUUCGAGGCUCAGCUUGCACGAUCCACCUCGAGUGUUGACAAGGAGGCAAUCAAAGGGUCCAUUGAGAGGAUCCAAGUGCAGAUCGACACCGACCCAGAAAGCCCACCUCCAGGUGUUGAACUCCCAGAACUACAACUUGCUCCCACAUGUCGCAUUGCCAAGCACACCCGUCUCGCCAACUUUCCCAAGAUUCUUGCCAUUCAUCUGUCAAGGUCUAUAUAUGAUAGUCAUGUCUCACAAAAGAACUUGGCCAAGGUGUCGUUCCCGGAACGAUUGUCGAUUGGAGGCUUGCUGUCACAUAAAAAGUACAAACUACUCGGCGUUGUCUCACACAAAGGAAGCCAUCACAGUGGCCACUAUGAAUCAUUUCGAAGGCAGAAUGUAAACUUGCCGUUUUCAAACACGAAUGCAUUUCAACCCUCAGAUGCCUAUACUCCAUCCGCGAAUCCUACACCUGCGGCCACGCCGAGUCCAUCUGCAACUCCUCUUCAUAAAUCAACAGUUCCUAGUCCCGUGGCAUCUACAGCAGAUUUAAUGCCGAGACUGUCAGCUGAAACUUUGUCAGCUGUUUCUCAGCGCUCGGUAGUGACAACAAGCUCAGCAGCAAAUGGUCAUCCGCCUAAGCGACCUUCCCCAACAUCUUCCCCUAGAGAGCGUGAUACCGAUACUGUUAGUCUGAAGUCAGUUGCGGCAUCGGCUCGAUCUACCAUGUCUCGACUGUCGCAGUCUGCUAAGAACAGCCGUAGUGACAGUCCAUUUGGAAAAACCAAGACCUCUACUUCUACGACCGAAUCAGUAUCCACGCCUAGAAAAUCUGGAAUACGACCUCGUCGUCGGAAGUCCAAUGAUCGAUGGUGGCGGAUUAGCGAUGAUAAGGUGAAAGAGGCUAAGACAAGCGAGGUACUGGGUAUGCAACGAGAGGUGUAUAUGCUCUUCUACGAGUUGGAGAGGAAGGACACGGCGGACUCGUAGGAAGACCUUCACCGACUCCUUG